AGGGGGAGAGAGAGAGAGAGGGAGUGAGAGAGAGAAGGGGGGAGUUGAUUUUUCCCUUUCAGCGGAUUGAUUUCUGACUGGAGUCUGGACCUGGUUAGUUUCCCUCCCCUCCUCGCGGCUGCCGCUUCAGGGACCGAGCGCCGACGCGUCCACGACUGUCAACCCAGACGUCGGAACAGACGGGGACGUUGAAGAAAUAUAUACAUAUACACAAUCUUUUUCUUUCCAACCUCGUUCCUCCACUGCAGUUGUCAACUUGUAGCCGCUGUCGGGAAAUGGACAAACCGCUCUGAGGUGAAGACGCUGCUCGGCCCCGCUCGGCUCCACUCGGCCCCGCUCGGCUCCAAUCGGCUCCACUCGGCGCCUCCACAAGACGACGACCGCAGGACGUGAUUCGGACGCGGAUCCCCGGAGUGGAGCGACCAACCAGAGGAACAUGUUUACGCCCCUGUUUCCAUGGUAACCGAGAGGUAGCAUGCCCGUCCAGGUCAGGAGUUAACCUCGAGCGAUCGUCUCCUCCUCCUCCGCCUGCCCCCUGCGAGAACUACACUGCCCACAAUUCCCGGGGACCGACGACCACAAUCUGACGCUCAGAUCGGUUCGACAAAAAGACACUAAAGAGGAGCAGCGAACUACAGUACGACGACAACAACUACAGCGAACACUUCUGUGAAGAGGCAGCCAAUAUGGCCAACAACACGGCGGACCACCCUCCGGGGAAUUCGGUUGCCGAGGGCAACCACGACGGGGACUUUGGGGUGGCCGUGACGGACCUGAGGGACCUGAUGGAGCUGCGGAGCGCGGAGGGCGUCAACAAGAUACGGGACACGUACGGAGACGUGCAGGGCCUCUGCCGCCGCCUGAAAACAUCACCCAUCGAAGGUCUGUCUGGUAACCCCGUUGAUCUGGAGAAACGCCACACGUCGUUCGGACAGAACUUCAUCCCUCCCAAGAAGGCCAAGACGUUCCUGCAGCUGGUGUGGGAGGCUCUGCAGGACGUCACGCUCAUAAUCCUGGAAAUCGCGGCCAUCAUCUCACUGGGCCUGUCCUUCUACCAUCCACCAGGGGGCGACAGUGAAGCAUGCGGUCAGGUCGCAGGCGGCGUCGAGGACGAGGGCGAGUCCCAGGCGGGCUGGAUCGAGGGCGCCGCCAUCCUGUUCUCGGUCAUCAUCGUGGUGCUGGUGACGGCCUUCAACGACUGGUCCAAGGAGAAGCAGUUCCGCGGGCUGCAGAGUCGCAUCGAGCAGGAGCAAAAGUUCACCGUCAUCCGCAAGGGCCAGGUCAUCCAGAUCCCGGUGGCUGAGCUCGUGGUGGGAGACAUCGCUCAGAUCAAAUACGGAGACCUGCUGCCUGCUGAUGGGAUCCUGAUCCAAGGCAACGACCUGAAGAUCGACGAGAGCUCUCUGACCGGGGAGUCUGACCAGGUCCGCAAGUCUCUGGAGAAGGACCCCAUGCUGCUGUCCGGGACCCACGUGAUGGAGGGAUCGGGCCGGAUGCUGGUGUCCGCCGUCGGCCUCAACUCUCAAACCGGCAUCAUCUUCACUCUGCUGGGCGCCAGCGAGCAUGACGAAGAGAAGAAGGUCAAGAAAAGUAAAAAACAAGGACCCCCCGAAAAUCGCAACAAAGCCAAGACACAGGACGGCAUCGCCCUGGAGAUCCAGCCGCUGAAGAGCGAUGAGGCCGGCGAGUCGGAGGAGAAGGAGGAGGCCAAACCGGUGAAGAAGGUCAACGUGACCAAGAAGGAGAAGUCGGUGCUGCAGGGCAAACUGACCAAGCUGGCUGUACAGAUCGGGAAGGCUGGUCUGAUCAUGUCGGCGUUGACCGUCAUCAUCCUCAUCCUCUACUUCGUGAUCGACACCUUCGCCGUCCAGGGUCGGUCCUGGACGUCCGAGUGCACCCCCAUCUACAUCCAGUACUUUGUCAAGUUCUUCAUCAUCGGCGUGACGGUGCUGGUGGUGGCCGUUCCGGAGGGGCUGCCGCUCGCCGUCACCAUCUCCCUGGCCUACUCCGUCAAGAAAAUGAUGAAGGACAACAACCUGGUUCGUCACCUGGACGCCUGCGAAACCAUGGGCAACGCCACCGCCAUCUGUUCAGACAAGACGGGCACGCUGACCAUGAACCGGAUGACGGUGGUGCAGGCGUACGUCGGCGACACGCACUACAGAACUGUCCCCGAGCCGGACGCCAUCAAACCGGAGACCCUGGAAAUAAUGGUCAACAGCAUCUCCAUCAACUCGGCGUACACCACCAAGAUCCUGCCUCCAGAGAAGGAGGGCGGCCUGCCCCGCCACGUGGGCAACAAGACUGAGUGCGCUCUGCUGGGCCUGGUGCUGGAGCUGAAGAGGGACUUUCAGCCAAUCAGAGAGGAGAUCCCCGAGGAGAAGCUCUACAAGGUUUACACCUUCAACUCCUCCCGCAAGUCCAUGAGCACGGUGCUGAAGAACGCCGACGGAGGCUACCGCAUGUACAGCAAAGGAGCGUCGGAGAUCGUCCUGAGGAAAUGCUCUCGUAUCCUGGACGCCCAGGGCCAGGCUCGCGUCUUCAAGCCCAAGGACCGCGACGAGAUGGUGCGCAAGGUGAUCGAGCCGAUGGCGUGCGAGGGGCUGAGGACCAUCUGCGUGGCCUACAGGGACUUUCCCGCCGAGGCCGGAGAGCCGGCGUGGGACAAUGAGAACGAGAUCCUGAACGAACUCACCUGCAUCGUGGUGGUCGGCAUCGAGGACCCCGUCAGACAUGAGGUGCCCGAAGCUAUUUCUAAGUGUCAGCGAGCAGGCAUCACUGUGCGCAUGGUCACCGGAGACAACAUCAACACCGCCCGCGCCAUUGCAACCAAGUGUGGCAUCCUGCUGCCCGGGGAGGAUUUCCUGUGCAUGGAGGGCAAGGAGUUCAACCAGCACAUCAGAAACGACCAGGGAGAGGUGGAACAAGAGCGCCUCGACAAGGUUUGGCCCAAACUGCGUGUUCUGGCUCGUUCUUCACCGACAGACAAACACACUCUGGUCAAAGGCAUCAUCGACAGCACGGUGGGUGAAACGCGACAGGUGGUGGCAGUGACGGGAGACGGCACCAACGACGGCCCCGCCCUCAAAAAGGCUGAUGUUGGCUUCGCCAUGGGCAUCGCCGGCACAGACGUGGCGAAGGAGGCGUCUGACAUCAUCCUGACCGACGACAACUUCACCAGCAUCGUCAAGGCCGUCAUGUGGGGGAGGAACGUCUACGACAGCAUCUCCAAGUUCCUGCAGUUCCAGCUCACCGUCAACGUGGUGGCCGUGAUCGUGGCGUUCACCGGCGCCUGCAUCACACAGGAUUCUCCUCUGAAGGCCGUCCAGAUGCUCUGGGUGAACCUCAUCAUGGACACUCUGGCGUCCCUGGCUCUGGCCACCGAGCCGCCCACCGAGUCCCUGCUGCUGCGCCGACCCUACGGCCGCAACAAGCCCCUCAUCUCCCGGACCAUGAUGAAGAACAUCCUGGGCCACGCCGUGUACCAGCUCGUCAUCAUCUUCACCCUCCUCUUCGCCGGUGAGUCCAUUUUCGACAUCGACAGCGGCCGCAACACUCCCCUGCACUCGCCGCCGACCGAGCACUACACCAUCGUGUUCAACGUGUUCGUCAUGAUGCAGCUCUUCAACGAAAUCAACGCCAGGAAGAUCCACGGAGAGAGGAACGUGUUCGAGGGCAUCUACAGGAACCCCAUCUUCUGCAGCGUCGUACUGGGGACCUUCAUCCUGCAGAUCAUCAUCGUUCAGUUCGGAGGGAAGCCGUUCUCCUGCACGGCCCUGACCAUCGACCAGUGGCUGUGGUGCGUGUUCAUCGGAGUGGGGGAGCUGCUGUGGGGACAGCUGAUCUCGGCCAUCCCAACCCACCACCUGAAGUUCCUGAAGGAGGCGGGUCACGGCACCACGAAGGAGGACAUCCACGAGGAGGAGAUGAAAGAGGGCGCAGACGAGAUCGACCACGCCGAGAUGGAGCUGCGGAGAGGCCAGAUCCUGUGGUUCAGAGGUCUGAACCGCAUCCAGACGCAGAUGGAUGUGGUCUAUACCUUCCAGACGGGCCAGGCGGCGGUGCCAGGCGCCCUGCGCCGCCAGCCGUCCGUCGUCAGCCAGCACAACGACAUUAAGGUGGUGAACGCGUUCCGUAGCUCCCUGUACCCCCUGGAGAGCCCAGAGUCCCGUAGCUCCAUCCACAGCUUCAUGGCCCACCCCGAAUUCGUCCCCCUGUCCGAGGAGGAGGCUCGCAUCGCCACCAUCGAGGAGACGGGCGACGAGAUCGAGCCCCUUCCCGGCGCCUCCUCUGGGGCGACGGGAGGAGGAGGAGGAGGAGGAGGAGAGCCACCCAGCGCCUUCCCCCGCAGCCGCGCCUCGCCCAUCUGAGCUCCGCCUCCUCAUCCUCGUCCUCCCUCCUCUCCAUCAGCAUCAUGUGUCAUCCCACCAACCGAACUGUCGCACCGAGGAGGGGAGGCCAUCGCUCUCCGCUCGUCCCUUCAUUGUGCACACACACAUGCUUCACGUCGCCUUCACCCCCCCGUCAGUCAUUCCUGCAACGUUUGUGUUUUCUCUUUCAUAGUGACUGUGGCGUCGUUCUGCCUGUAAGGCCCCCCCCCCCCCCCCCACCACCACCACCACCACC